CAACUCUCUUCUCUUUACCACAGUAUCAAAACGGCCGCCUCUGCCACCUACUUUUCCCACUUCCACUCCCUCUUGCUUUUCCCUUCCUUCCCCUUUCCUAUACCUCCUCCAUCAUCCAAAGCAACCCUCGCGGUGUUACUCGACCUCUCCCUUCCUAUCCUCCUCCCGUCCCCUCAUUCACCCGGUACUACCGUUGGGCUUUUUGAGCACCACCUGUUCCCGGUUUCUACUACGACUUGCAUCAAUCCUAGACAAGACAACCAGACACGAACCCCAAGUCACACAGACGUUGUUCGCCAUUGGACUUGAUUCCCCGCAGCCAGUUACACCGGGAUCGCCCAAGCUCAACUGUUACUGUGCCGCCAUAAUCCCGUCAUUCCGCCAUAUAUCCACAGUAAAGCAGCCUUACGGCGUCCAUACAUCACACUCAACAUUUAAGAAAUGUCGCCUCACUGCAACAUGGAUGACUCUUCCUCCGUCUCGUCCAGUGGUUACACCUCUGAGCCUGUGGCCAAUGGCGUGAGCAAUAGUUCUGCCGCUGCUACCACCACCAGCCAAUACAAGAACUUCUCCAAGAGCCGCCAUUUGAGGCACACACCUUCGGAUGAGAUCCACGAUCUCGUUUGCGUUGGCUUCGGCCCCGCCAGUAUUUCCGUCGCCAUUGCUACGCACGACGCUAUCGAGGCCGGCCAGCUUUCCGAGUCGCCCAAGGUCCUCUUCCUCGAGAAGCAGGCCGAUUUCGCCUGGCACGCCGGCAUGCUCCUUCCUGGAGCCAAGAUGCAGAUUUCCUUCCUCAAGGACCUUGCCUCUCUCCGCGAUCCCCGCUCCCACUUCACUUUCCUUAACUACCUGCACCAGAAUGAUCGCCUCAUCGACUUCAUCAACCUCAGCACCUUUACCCCUGCGAGAGUCGAGUUCGAGGACUACCUUCGGUGGUGCGCACGCCAUUUCGAUGACGUUGUAAGGUAUCAGACCGAGGUUGUGGCCGUUGAGCCCGUUCAGUCCUCCGGGCCUAACAAGCUCUUCACGGUUACUUCCCGCGACAUAAUUACUGGCGAGAUCACCACCUUCCAGGCUCGCAACGUUUUGCUUGCUCUCGGCGGCCAAGCCUCGAUCCCCAAGCCUCUUCCCCAGAAGCACCCCCGCGUCAUCCACUCGAGCCAGUACGCCAGCGUGAUUCCCAAGCUUCUUCGCGACCAGUCCGCUCCCGUGCGCGUGGCUGUUCUCGGUGCUGGCCAGUCAGCGGCGGAGAUCUUCAACAACGUUCAGAACCUCUACCCCAACUCCAAGACUUAUAUGAUUAUGCGCUCCGAGUUCAUGAAGCCUUCUGAUGAUUCACCCUUUGUCAACUCCAUCUUCAACCCCGAGUUCAUCGACACCAUCCACGCCCGCCCCUCGGCCUACCGCACCCACUUUCUUGCCGACGCCAAGGCGACCAACUACGGCGUUGUCCGUCUCGAGCUCAUUGAGCACCUCUACGAGGUCAUGUACCACCAGCGCCGCGUGCUCGGUACCGACGAGACGAAAUGGCCCCACCGUAUCAUGGCCGCGCGCAAGGUCGUCUCGGUCUCGGAGAAGGGUGAUACGCUCAAGAUCAAGGUCGGCCGCUACUUCUAUGGCGAGGAGGAGGAGACUGAUGUCACCGAUGGACCCAUUGUGGACGAGGAGACGCUCGAUGUGGACGUGAUUAUUUGCGCUACUGGCUACAAGCGCAUGGCGCAUGUGGAUAUGCUCAAGCCCACGUGGCCGCUGUUGCCUGAGGCCGAUCAGGCGCUGGUCGCUGAGGCUGCCAAGGGAUCAUCCAAGGAUAGGUGGUUUGUCGAGGGUGGCGAGGAGAAGAGCAUGAGGGUGAUUGAGGCCAACCGUGAUUAUUCGGUCAAAUUUGGGGAGGGCAAGGUCGCCCAGGGCAGUGGCAUCUGGUUGCAAGGGUGCUGUGAGGGAACUCAUGGUUUGUCUGAUACUCUUCUUUCUGUUCUGUCUACACGGUCUGGCGAGAUCGUCAAGUCAAUUUUCGGUGCUUAAAAAGGUGGAGGGAGGGAGCACGAUGAUACCAAUGUUGUUGCUUGUGUCACAGCGAGAGCGAUUUUUCCUUUUUUUUUUUUUUUUUACAUCCAUUGAUGAUUGUCUGAAUC